AGUUAGCAGACCCACCCUGUAGUGACUGUCAUACAGCCUGCACUCUGCUCUGCACACACACACUCGUUAGUCUUGUUUCCGUCCUCAGCCAGUUUAUUCUUCUGCGUUUCUUGCUGUGUUAGCCGAGCUGAAGUGCAAUCAUGGCUGGAAUAAACAAUCAAGGCGGGCGAAUGGCUUUGGAUAGGCUGCCAAGCAACAUCUCUAUGGCCUCUGUAAGCUCAGAAAUGCUACAGACCACAAGCACCGCCAACUGCGAGAUGGCCAUCUUGCCGCUGAGACUCCUGCUGGAGUUGCAGCCCCAGUACCUGAAGCUGGAGGACGAUACACUGAUCUCGGUCAAUCAAAAUGGAGGCUACAACAUAAUUAGUGACGAAUCAGUCAGUGUAGACGGUCAGCCGUGCAAAAUAUUGAACUAUAUCCAGAGGUGAGGAGGUUAAGAAAUAGUGAUACAAGCAAAACACGUGCCAGAUGCAUGCGCGCACUUGCAUUGUGCAGGUCACUGGGUAUGCAAGGGCUAAUAUGGUAGUGGAAGGGUUAAUCCUUCACGUGCUUUAAACUGCUGGAUUCUUAUCAUUGGUAGAUUUUUGUCAAUAAUAUUUAUGGAUUGCGUUUUGUUUCCAGAUUGUGAUCACAGUUUUACCUAUUUUAAAAAAAAAAAAAUUAUUGUAUUUUUCAUGUGAAGGAAUUUUUUUAACAGUAUAAUAUAUUUGUAUUUCCUUUCAGAAUCCAUUGAUGCAUUAAUACUUCUUUUCUAUAAAUAUUAAUUUACAAAAAAUAUGGAAAAUAUUGUCUGUGUAAUGGAAAGAUAAGGACGUAAAAGGGUUAAAAAUGUAUGUAACAUUAAAUGUCUUCUUAACAUUUAUACAGGGUACAUUCUUAGUAUUCUGACUACUAAAGGUGCAAUAGUUUAAAAUUUGGAGAUAUUUUCCCAAUUUUUUUAUUUUGGUCUGAACUUUGCAAGUCGGUUCUCAAUGCACUGCAACUUUCUAUGUAUUUAAUAUUCACUAAACUAUGAACUAUUGAAAACUGAAAUCCAAAUGGAAAAUAAAUUAAAAAUAGUCAGACUAUGGCGGAGGAGGAUAAUUUUAUCAGAUCGGGUAUUUCAGCCUAAAUGUUGCCACUGGGAUUUCUAUUCACUAAUAUUCAGAGUUUAGUGAUUAUAUGUUUGUGUUUAGCAAAUAAACACAUUUGGGUCAAUAACAAUUCACACUUUAGUAAAUACGUCUGUCAGGGAGUUAUUUGGUUAACCAAAGUUUGGUCUGCUAAGCACAAUGGGAUUUCAUUGCACAGCAGUUUGCAUACCAAAAGAUGACUAUUAAUUAAAUAUAUUAGAGCCCGUAUGAGUCAUUAUAUAUUGUUAAAAGUGCUUCAAUUUUUUAACUCAGAUUGCUAAAACUACAUUAUGUCAUUUAUUACAAUAAAAGUGCACCACGGAAAGAAAUCAGUUAACUCUUUCAAAACAAGGGCACGUUGUACACUUUUACAGAGAAAGGACUUUAGGAGGAUUGCAAAUGGGAUACACUCUGAAUUGCAGGGAACCAAACCUUCAUGGCAAAAUGUACGCUGAUUUGAAAAAUAUAUCUGUCUCUUCAGCGCUGCGUAAUAUGUUGGCGCUUUAUAAAUGCCAAUAAUAAAUAAAUAAAAAAUAAAUAAAAUACUGUAGGUACAGCUUGACUUCAAUAAAAAUACACUAAAACACACCCACUAGAAGACCAUAGAUACACAUGUGGGGAAAAAAAAACAAGGAUAAAAAUUAAAUUACCCUUAUUCUAUUGUAGACAAAAAGACUCCUCUUAGUCUUCAUAAAAUAUAUGAAACACCACAAUCUACAAAAAUAAAAACUCAAAAUUGUGUAACACUGUUACUUAAAACUUAAUGAUAAUUUGUAAGUAUCACAUUUACGUAAAUUUAUAGAAGGCAAAAUCAUACACCAUAGGCGUCUUCACUCUUCACAGGCUUCUGGAUGACCGCAAAGAUGAAAAAGAAAUGACAGCUUAUCACCAAUCUCUACUUGGAGCCCUUAUCAGUCAGGAUACCCAGAUACAAUCAUAGUGAACCAGUAGAUCAUAUAUAUACAUAAAUAAAUUGAAAUGAAAGAUAAAAAAGACAGAGAAAUAAAGUUUACGUCCGCCCUACGCGUUUCAUCCACGUUCUGGACUCAAUAAGUCAAAAUCUGUGUUGCUCCCAUCAGACUUUGACUUAUUGUCCAUGAGGAGGUCCAGCCCUUGGACGAAACGCGUAGGGCGGAUGUAAACUUUAUUUCUCUGUGUUUUUUAUCUUUCAUUUCAAUUUAUUUAUGUAUAUAUAUGAUCUGCUGGUUCACUUAAAAUGUAUGUGUGUGUAUAUAUAUAUAUAUAUAUAUAAUUUGCUGGUUCACAAACAUUUUAUCUGCUGGAUAUCCUGACUGACGAGGGCUCCAAGUGACGAUUGGUGAUAAGCUGUCAAUUCUUUUUCAACUUUGCUGAAAAUAUACAUAUAGUGUCCUGCCUAUUAUUUUGUUCUACAUAUCUUAAAAGGAAUACAGUGAUGCCUCAAAUGACAGCUUUCCCUCUUUUUAAUAAUCCAAACUUGGGACAUGUGCUUCGCAGUUUCCAUACUUGAGUUAUUUUAUUUACCCCUUCUUAUUUACAGCAGUUUAGCAACUCAACAAUUUUAGUUAUAUUCACAAAUGCAUUUUUUUUUUUUUUUUAUAAGAAGACAAUCCAAGUUAUUUUACAUCUCGAAUUUCAAUACUUGUUAUGUAGUCACAUACCAACCAAUCUCUGCCAAAGAUUGUUGAGAUAUUGUUUUCCUGUGAAUACCUUAUGUUAUGUAUUUCAUACAGUCUGUGAUUUAAUCAGCAAUAAAAUAGUUUUUGGCAGGCAUAGGUUGAAUGUAGCCUGGAUUGGGAAAUCCCUACAGAAACAAAUUAAAUGAACAUUAAAAUGAAAAUCUUUUUUUUUCAUGGGUUAAUAGAUAUAACCCAAAAGAGCAUACAUGUAUUUAUUCUGAAUAUUAUAAUUUUUUGGGAUAUAUAUAUUAAAAAAAAAAAAGCUUGCACAAACUGUAGAUCUGGUGUCUGCAGCCUUUGUAAGUCUUCACUUUUGUCCCUCCCACAGACGUUUAAUCUCACAGAUUGUAAUCACAUAUGAGCAGAGCCUUCUUCUUCGCCUCGUGUCUCUGUUAUAUUGUGUAUGUACAUUACUUGUCAAAUUAUUGUUUAUAAAGUUCCAGCAAUUCCCUGAGCCCUGUACAACAGACGGACUAUCAGACAAGUUUUCGCAACAAGACAAGUUGGAAGCACAGGAACCGAAAUUGUUGAGGGAACUGCUCGAACCAGCUUAUUUCAAAUACCCCCAUUUUAUAACUGUAAAGCACUGCAGACUCUUUUGUUGCUAUAUAAAUCCUAUUAAUAAAAAUAGUCUGUGCCAGCCUAAUCAUUGGCUUCUCAUUGAGAAGUCGCUGUGCUUAAACCAUGGGCUCUCACACACACACAGCUGUAGUAGUAGAACUCAUUGAGAGAUGAUGAAGGUAUGCACGCUCUAACCUACUAUGUUUGCCGUGUCUGUUCUCUCUGAGGAUUUAUAAAAGUACCUAUUUUAUUAACUAAGCCUUCAUGUACUUUUCCCGUACAUGAAAUACAUCUUACACUUGCCUCUUGUGUCACUUUACCCCACUCUCCCUAGAGUCUAAGCUAGCUUGAGCAGGGCCCUCAUCACCCUCUAUCUCUGUUCGUCCAACGCAUCUUGAUACAAACAUUUGUCUGUUAGUCUGCCUAUUGUAUAGUGCUGUAGAAUUUGUUGGCACUUUAUGAAUAAUAAUAAUAUUAAAAUCUGUACUUUUAUAAACUGUCAAAAAAUGAAAGAUUUUAGACAGUUCAGGAAGCUGUGUUUGGAGUAUUCCUUUAGCAGGGAUAUUAUUACUUCUGAUAAUCACAUAUGCAAGGACCAUGAAAAUAUCUCAAAGGGGCAAGAUCGGCACUAUAACUAUAGCUACAGUUAUUGUCCUCCUGUUUUUUUGUGAAGUCAUUCUUGUUUUCGAAGGGGAUCUGUGUGCUGGGUGAGUCUUGUUUUUGUCAAACCUCUCUAAAAAAGCUUUGACAAAAACAAGAGGAAAUGUACUUAAAGAUAUCUUUCACAAUAACCUGUUGUAUUUAUAGUGCCUUGAGUCUUCCCUUAUGCUGCAUUUUUCACCUAAACAAAACUAUUUCUUUUUAACAUUUUGUGGAGGUCAAAAAUUGGUUCUUCAGAUUUUUGUUUCAAAGGUGCAAUGUUUUCAGUAAUUUGGACUUACUAUAUAAUACAGAUUAAGUUACAGCGCAGACGUAAAAAUGCAUUUUUAAAUCUCUUAAGGCUACUAAAAUGCCUAUCUCAGCAAACAAAUAUGGGGAUUUGGUUCCACUAUAUGGCCAUAUUGUAUUAAGCCCACCAAUACGUCACAGUACCCCAAUAUCGGUGGGUCCUACACUAAUUCCAAAUGUGGGAGACAAAUUAAAUAGUGCUAGUCCUAAAUUACCUAAAGUGUAUUUAAUUCAUCUAUUGUAAGAGCAUUGUGAGUAUAUAAAAUGCAAAAUGAAUGUGAUAAAAAUAAUUAAAAACAGUGUCAAAGCUAAACAAUUAAAGUGAUAGUGCUUGGAUGAAUAUACUCACCAUGCAAAUUAAAUAUCUGCUCAAUGAACGUUAUAAUCCAAGUGACAUUACUAUUCAAAAACUAUACCUGUGGUCACCUCCAAAGUGGCCUCUGAAGCUCGGGGCUGUGCUGGGUGCUUAACCCCAAAGGAAUCUGGUCUGGAUUCUAAACUUACAUAAAGACAAAAAAGAAGGACAAAAUGCAUGUUCCGGGUGUGCUCCCAAUUCCUUUUUGUCUUUACUAUGGACUUACUAUAUAUCUUUUCCCUUUUUAUAAUUAAUAUUCUUUGAAUGCAAUUGAUAUUUAUAGUUAGAUGCAGCUAUAAAUAACAUAUCUAUGUCAUGGGCUGUGAGAAGAUACUAGGUAUUGAAAAUAGUAAAUAUAUAACCACAUAUUUGGUUUAAAACAUGAAUUUUAGGUGGAAUGUGGAAAGCUGUGGAGUUUGGUAUAUAUGUACUAUUUUUCAACAUAUUACUUAAUUACAUGAGAUACCUAGAUAUGGUGUUGAUUCACUUUCAUCUUUAUUGCUUGUAUAGAUAAAAAACAAAAUACUAGGUGUUAAUCCAAAUGAAGGCAAAAAGUAUUUUUUCUAAAAUAAAUAUUUUAUUUAUUCUUGUUCCUCAUUUUCUUCAUGUUUUUUCUUCAACUAGCUGGAGAUAACAAAUCUUUGUUAAUCUUUGUACAACCAAACAGGCUAUUAUGUCUGAUUACUAAAUGCCGAAUGGUGACUGAAUGGCAUUCACUUUUACAACCAAAAGUCUGUUUUGAGGGUUAUUCAGAAUGUCAGGCAUUGUCAUGAAUUGACAUAGGGAUUUAAAAAAAAAAAUACAGAAAUUAAAAAUAAAUAAAAUUUUGGUUAAAUUAACUCUCCAGCUUAACUAAUUUGGCCCAUAAUGUUCCGUGGUAAAUUCUGGACAAAUCCAAGUUUAAUAAAUAACUGAUGCUAGUUCACAGGAAUUUGAUCUGUCAAAUUAAGUCCAAUUCAUGUGGCUAAAUUUGUUAUGGCAAAUGUGGUGUUUUGUCAAUGUACCCCAAAAUGAAUACAUAUAUUAAAUUAUGGGUGUGUAACUAUAUAUUUAUUGAUAAGAUUAACAAUCUCCAGUCUUAUUAACACAUGUUACAUUUAAAUGCCUUAUCCCAGGAGUUCCAAUUGACAUCACUGAUGAACUUAUAUGGACAUUCUGUAACUCUAGCUAAGACUCAGGAAAUUUUUAAAAAUUCAGGUUUAGGAUUAUGUGCAGUUUUUCCUACUGACCAGUCUCUGUUAGAAUGAGGUCACUACAGCCUUUAACUUUGUGAAAAAAAGUUAUUAACGUUUCCUUUGUACCUCACUAGACAUUUUGUUAUCUAUCACCUUCUAAAAUACUAAAAUAUCUAUGUUAACAAACUCUUGGUUCACUAGGUUAACACCUAAUUUAAAUUUCCCCCACAAGUUAUCUAUUUAUUUUAGGGAUAGAAUAUAUAUAUAUAUAUAUAUAUAUUUUUUUAUUUUUUAUUUUUUUCAAACAGCCUUAGAAUUGUUUCUAAUGUUUUCAGUGAAACAUAUUCAAUAUGCCAGAGAGACAUUCUUAAAAAAAUAAAAAUAAAAAAAUAAAUAAAGUGGACCAAGAAAUAACACAAAAAAAUAAAACACAUAGUUUUUUCUUGUUUAAAAUAUACAAUCUGUUAUGUUUAUUCUUUGUUUUAAUAGUAGUUUCCAUUUAUGUCCUCUGUAUUUUGGAGGGCAUUUCAUAUUGAUGCGGGUGUUUUCCUAACUGGACCUUUUAAAUAUUCCUGGGUGGAUUGAAGGGUUAACAGUAGGAAAAUAAGGUCACAAAGAAACAAUCCCCAUUGUGUGAUGUAAUAUCUCUGUAUUUCUGCUCAUUACAUUGCUUACUUUAUUAGUCUUUGAGUUUUGUGAUUUUUAUUUUAAUCUCUUUGUAAGAUGUUUUAGAAUACACUAAAGUCUACUUUGAUUUUUUUGGGAUUAUAAUUGGUGAUUUUUUUUUUAAAUUACUUUUAUUCUUACAGUGAGCAUUUUAUCAGGAUUAUUCCCCUAUCUUGGACAUUGCUGGAUGAGAUUUAUGAAUGUGCCUAUUUUGAAAAGUGUUGCAAAAUUUUAAAAAGGGGGAAGUUGCCAUUUGCACCAUGUGCAUAUUAAUUCCACUGGUUUCCAUAGUGAAUACUGGAAAUACUGGAAUUUUAAAAAAUGUUAUGCAAAUAACAAUAAACUUUAAAAAAAGUGAAGCAAAAAAGGAGAAAAAUAACAAUGAAACAAAUAUAUAUAUAAAUAAUAAUAGGUAAUACACCCUUUUCCAGAACACAACACUUUGAUAAGUUCCCCUAUUGAGGCUGUUUAUUUCUGUUUGUAGUAUUUUUCUUAAAUGUCUUUUUUUGUUUUUGUUUUAGGAAAGUAAAGCUUGAGAGCCACCAUGACUAUAAAGACUAUCGGGAAACAAUCCUUGCAAAACCAAUGCUGUUCAUAAUCAACACACGAAAGGUCAACACUGAUUCUGGUAAGAAACACACAAUGCAGCAUAAUUCUUUAAUUAGAAAGCAAGUGAUUGGCUGUAAGGAAUUAUGUUCUUGUACUGUGCUCUAUAAUCAAUUUUUGUUAUUACUAUUGGCAUCAAUAACAUGUUCUGCAGAGCUGCACAAUAUAAACAGAUCAAUACAAAAGGAGCGGAGACCUUGCCCCAUGCGAUGUAACCUAGUGAUCUGGGCAACAUUUUGCACUUACUGGUUUCUGUGUGGCUCUGGGUGUACAUAACCCAUAAUACUUUCAGUGGUGUAACUAUAGGAAAUCUAAAGGAAAGCAAUUUGGUUGUCCCCAUGAGAUAAUGAAUCACUUAGGAAUAUGUUUCUGAGUUGUGAUUUCCAUGUUCCUCCUUGUCUCUUGCCUUCUGAAUAUCCUGGAAAAUUGUCCUGGACUCUCUUGACAUUCAUGGGUAAAAUGUUUAAUUAUUUCUUAGUUUAAUGCAAAAAAAAUUGCAUCUGCCUUGGUUUUAAUGCUUUGCUUAGUUUACUAAAACUCCCUUUGCCAUGCAUAACAAUAGGAUAAACAUGAUUUAGGAGCUCAUUGUAUUCAGUUUGUUUACUCCCACCAACGCCUCAUUAAAUCCAGUUUGAUGGCCCCAAUUUAGUACGUUCUCAUCCCUUACAUAUCAUAAUCCCUUAAUGUAGCUUGCCUUGAGAAUGGUUGUCAUUGGAUAUCAGUCUGUACCUGUAUGACAUAACUUGUAUACUCAUUCCAUUUAAUCCUUGUUAAGAUUUUUUUGUAAACACAUUGUAUAAAAAGACGUGGUAUUUGGGGAAUGGUUUGGAGGGACAAAAAGUUGUUACACAGGUUUGAAAAAAGAGAAGAAACCAUGUAUGUAUUUUGUGUGCAUCAAAUUCUUAACAAUAAGUGUAUUGUGAGUUUGUAACUGCACAUAUUCAUACAUAUUCAGCAUACCUGCUAGGCAAACAAACAGGUCCUCAUUUUUUGUAAGGCAUGUUUGCUAUGCAGUAAAAAUCAUGUUUGUGUAUUAUUAAUAAAAUGCUAUCACAUUAUAACUGGCAAUUUGCUUUUCAGAAUAAACGUGAUUGUAUUUUUAUUGAAAAUCUAUAAGGAGUUGGUAUGCACACGAAAAAAAACAACCCAUGCGUUAAGAUCCAGAAAUAGGGAUCUUGACCAGAGCUAUUUAGGAAGUGUGUGUAGGUCAUUCUCUGAAUCAAAACCAAACCUUUGGUAAAAAAUAUCUCACAACCUGUCCAUAUGUUUAACUAAGACAGUGCAUCAGUAAAACUUUAUUUCGUAUGACAUGCCCACUCUAAAUAAUUAUGCAAAUAUUUCUGGGAUCAAUUGUUUGUAAUAUAAAUUCUAAAGUCCUUUUUAGAAUAAAUAUUAUCUCUGAUAAAUAUCCACUUAAAGGGGGCAGGGCCUGGCCGCCAUGCUGAGAGGACGCAGUGGGCUUCAGCUCCUCAUUAAUCCUGAUGUUUAUGAGCUUUAAGGGACUUUAAUACCCUGUCAAUCGACAUUGCGCAACAGACGCAAACCUCUGGCACCAUAUGGGCUACAUCCACGUUUGUUUCGUGUUCCACUAAUACUGUUGUGGAACAGCUGCGUCCUCCGACUGGUUGCGGCCCUGUGUGGCACCUUGGCGGGAGAUGUGGUAGAUCUCCCCAGUCGAGGCUGCACGGAUCCUCCUAUGGGGGGCAGAGCCCUGUACUCCCUCUUCCCCCGGGACAGUGGGGGUUAUCCCGGACCCACCCACCAAGCACGGCUUUAGUCACCAUCCUGUUGUUCCUCUGUGAAGUUUGAGCAGGCAGCUCUCAUGCGGUCUGUCUAAAAUGGCCGAUAGCAACACUUCGCAGCAUGUAAUUGAGGCAACAAUAAAUAUCUAGAAAGAAGGCAUUCAUGAAGCAAUCAACACAAUCUGUCCAAGUUUCUGGUGGAAACUACAGACGAAGAAAGCACACUCUGCUGUCAACUCCAGUGGUGCAGCUUGCUUGCAGAACCUCGGCUUUGAGACUUCCUUUCAGGUGGGGACUUAAACAGGGUCAGCGGGCCAAGGGCGGUCCAUGUGCUUGAGAAGAUCAUUGCCCAUUGCGAUCUAACAAUUCAGCUGGUUGUAAAAACAGUGGCAUGUGACCACUGGGGAUGGAGAUCUGAGAAGCACUUUGACAUCCGGGAAGGCUGCACUAUAUCACUACUGCUAUACCUAGCUGGACUUUGCCUGUAUGCUGGGGGCAUGAGAUGAAGGGGCUGCAGUGUGCCUUUAGCAGUGUUUUUAUGCUUGACCUCUCUUUCUUACCCUGCUCCUUGUUCUUACCUACUCCCGCUCUCUCAUGCUACCUGUGUUAGCUACAACUUGAGAACAGCCAAUGAGCUCUUUGAGGUACUACUCACAUAGGUUUUAUGCAAGUUAAUUAGCAUGCUAUUUCAUACUUUGUGAGAAUUGUUAGUACUCAUGUUAGUGUCCUGUCAUUUUCUUAAAAAUUGUGCAGAUUAUUUGCAUGUUCUAUAAUCUAGUUUUUUAAUUCUAUCUCAGUACCAUAAGCAUAUUUCAAAACCUACUUUAAUAUCUCUAUUUACAUGUCUAUGAACUUGCUUGCAUAGAGUAGAAGCUUUCUCUCAAUAUUUACUCUAGACAUGUUCUGCCUAGCAUGUACCUUAUACCACUUUGAAAAAUUGUGCAGUACACUCGAAUGCCUUGUAACUGUUAUGCUUUGUUUAGUUAAUUGUCUUGCCAUUGCUGUUGUGGCAUUACAAGAAUGUCUGAUACUCUUAUGCACACAAAAAAUAAAAAAUUUAAAAUAGAAAAUAAAAACAUCCACUUAAAGGGUUACUCCAAGCAUCAUAGCCUGCUGUAAGGUUUAUGAUGUCAGGAGUACCCUGGCCCAGUUCCCUGUUAAUAAGGCAAGCCAUCUAGCAAUGGUUUGCCCCCUUACCUAGGCACCCGCCAGGCUCUGAGGCCCCCUGGUGGUCUGAAGCGCUUCUGGCUUCUGCAGUGAUGUAAAAGCCACUGUCAUUGCCAUUCAUUGACUGGGAGUAUCAGCUGACCGCUUUCAGCCAUUGACUAACAAGCCCAAAACUCUAGUUCCAGGCUAGAUGAUAACACCCCAAUGAUGCUGUCGGAAGUAGAGUGACACCUCCAACAGUAGAGGGGUUAAACUCAUUUUGUUGUACAGAGAGAUAAUAGGUGCUCACUAUAGAAUUCAACAAAAGGUAAAUGCAGGCAGCAGUAAACAAUUCAAGAAUUCCCAGACCUUGUGAGUGGAUAAAAUACAAGGAAAAAACAAAGUAAACCGCACCCAAAGUGUGUGUACAGAAUAUUAUAUGUACAUAAAUCUUCAAGGAGUUAUACACAAUUUACCUCAUCUUUGAGGUCAAUUGUGUAUAACUCCUUGAAGACCUAUGUACGUAUAAUAUUCUGUGUCAUGAACGCACCCUACUUCAAGAGUGUGCGUGACGUAGUUGUGGUGGUGAAAGGGUUAGAGUUCACUAUUUGUCUGCAGUAGACCGUAAAUAAUGACAAAAUGCCCCUUUAAUACUACCCACACUUAAACAUAAUAUAACUAUUACUAUUUUAAUGCUGCCACCACCAAGACAUUUUAUAAAACCCCACCAAAUACAACUUAGCACAAUAUCUAAGCAAUUGCAAAAUACUAAUUAGUCUCUUCAGGUAACGUGAUGCUUUACCAGACAAAGGCAGAACUUAAUAAAGGAAUAUUUAUUCUGAGCAAAAAAUAGUCACAGUGCAUACAAAAAUAUAGAUGACAAUCAAAAUUAUUUACACCAACAACAGAUAAAAACAAAAGGGAUAAAAUAACAGAAAGUCCUAAUCACUUACUCAGCUCUUCAAAGUAAAUAUGUCUGUCCCAGGGGGUCUUUGGUAGGAAAGAUGGUGACUCACUUAGAAUUAGAUUCUGGCCUCAAGCAAGUACCAAGACAUGUCAGUAUCAUUGGAUAUAUACCCUGUGGAUUACCACGCCUGGUCUAGAGGGAGAGGUAAGGAAUAUCUAUAGAGAUAAUGAGUGACCAGACCAACAUCAAUCCAAGUGGAAACAUUUAGUUCUAUCUUCUCUUACGUACCUGCCACAGAAAUAAUAAUUGCAUCUCCAAAUUUGUUAUUUUUUCCUCAUUCUAUAGAUAUGUCAAACUCCGUACUUGUGACCCAAUAUGGCGAACAUCACAAUUACUUCCCUUAAGGUUAAAUUAUGCCAAUCAUGUUUGGGCUUGUUUAGAAGAUGGCACAGGUCACAUUCCAAAUAUAACAAAAAUGAGGCUUAAUUAUUAUUCUGUGGGUAAAUAUGAAUGUUUUUUUUUCUUUUGGCAAUGAUAUUGGAACAAGGCUAAUUCCAUUAACAUAUCAAAGCUAUUGGCUCAUCAAUUAGGAGGUACAUGCCAUAUGCCUGAAGCCAGACCUUCAGGCUUUUCAGGUGUAGAAUCUCACACCUAGCUUCCACAUUCCUAUGCAAGUUACAUUACCCCUUCUGUCAUCUGAUCUCUGUGGGGGUCCCAGCUUCAAAAGGAAUUAAGGUUAUAAACCUUCCAUACAAUUAAAUUAACCCCUUUUUGACAUUGACAAUACCACCUCUACCAGGCAAGCAGAUUAUCUAUGUACUACACAAAUUACAUUAAAGCACAAUAUUCCAUAGUGCAAUAACAACUAUGCACCCUUGCCGUGACAUUCUGUACAUACACUUUUGGCGCAGUUUACUCUGUUUUUUCCUUGUAUUUUGAACACAUUUUGUGCAUACAGACUCCAGGCAACAUAAUCACUUCAAACUACUGAAGUAAUGAUGGUGCUUAGAGUAAUCCUUUAAUGUCAUAUAGUCAACGUUACAGUUUUUUAAUAUUAGUAAAAUGUUGUUUUUCUUCCCAGAGAGAACAUUUGCCUUUAUUGUAAAUACCCGCCAUCCAAAAAUGAGAGCUCAAUUGGAAGGUGGCAUGAAUGAUGUAAUAUCUUCAGUCAUGGGAGAGAACUACCAACUACAGGUGUGUAAAAAUAGAUCACUGUGGACAUUUGUUAAGUUAUUUCUGUAACUAGUUUGUGCAACCUUUCCAACAUUACAAGCAUGGUCGGUAUAUUUUUUUUCCAUGAAACAUUACUACGCCACCUAACAUUUUAAUUGGACGAAGAGGGACACUUUAAUAAUAGGGGUGUAAGCGGGAGGUUUGGUUUGGAUUCUUCUAAGAAGUUUUAGGUGACUUACUAAUAACAAUGUAUGCAACUUAAAUGAAAUUUAGAACAAGAACAAUGUAUCUUAACAUAUUUAUUGUGUUUUUAUUGAGUUUAUUGCUGUGGAGCUCUGUUAUAUACUCAGACACACCAACAAUAUGGAGCUCCUAUAAAAGAGAGACAGAGAGAUUUGGGCCCAAAAUAGGGACUGUCCCUCCUAAAUAGGGACACUUGGGAGGUAUGAAUUACAUGGGUAAGUGAAAUAGUUUAUAGUUUUCAUAUCCCUGCAUUUUUCCCCUAAAAGAAACAAAGUAUAAGCAUUAUUGUGGCUGGAGCAAAAACAUUUAAUUAUUUUGAGCUUGAUGCAUAUUUAUUGCACAUAUAUUAGAAACAUGAGUUGUUACUUAUAAACUGCAAAUAUUCAGCAAAAUUUUAAUAAUGAAGCAAAUGCCACAGAAACCUCUGGAAUGUUGUUUAUUUUUCACAUUUGCAAUUUAGCAUCAGUGUUCACAUAUGUGCAUGUCCAGGACUAACAACAUCAAAAUCGCUAUAUAAUAUUCUCUAUUCUAUAUAGUAUUCAAUGCCAACGUCCCCUUUAGCAAUUCACUGAAAACCCAACAUUCCAUAGCAACAAUUAGCAUACUGCUAUGUCUAUAUACAUAUUGUACAUACCGUAUUGUGUCUGUAAUCUAUUGUGUUUAUAUAACACCCUAUCAUAUCCUUCAUAUCAGAAAUAUAAAAUAGCCAGUUUACUUACAGUUUAUCUUGUAUGCUAUUAUUAGAGCAGAACAAUUACAGCAUUUACAUAUUUUAUAUAAAGUACAAGAAAUGUGACUCACAAGAAAGUCUUGUGUCAACAAAUUCAUGCCUUUUGGUGUCUUAAAAAUCACUGCAUCUAAAAGUUUAACCCCUUCGCUGUCCUACAUAUACUACUCUCAAGGGUAGACCUGAGGCAGCAAAAAAAGGGGAAAUGGGGAUCUGGAGGCAUUUGGGAGUGAUUAGUUGUACAAUAAAGUGUAGAGGAGUUGGCAGAGGGAUUUAAAAAAAAAUAAAAAAAGGAUGCAACCAUGACAUUGCCGCUUUGAAAAGCCCAGCAUUAGGAUGUACUGGUCCAAAAACCCAGUAUGCUGUACCCACAUUUUUUCCAGACCAUGAGUAGGCCCAGGUAUGAAGCCAUACAAUGAUUUAUGCACUUCAGUGACAAUUUGAAGUGCCCCCCAAAAGGUCAUAUGCAGUUUGAUCACCUAUCAAAAUAUGCCCCUAAUUAUCCACUUUAAAAAAACAAUUUGUCACAAUUUAUAGCACCCCUUACCCCCACUACCCCAAAAAUAUAUGCAUUGAUGAGUAUUUAGAUAAUUGGGCAGACUCGAUGGGCCGAAUGGUUCUUAUCUGCCGUCACAUUCUAUGUUUCUAUGUUUCAUCUUAAAAUAUAAGGGGAGACUGGGGUUCAAACAUUUUAUCCCAUUAGAUCCUAGUAUGGGAUAAAGUUGUACAAACUGUGUGAAAGAGGCAGCGGCUAUAUGUACACCUUCUGUGUCUAUGAAGGACUGCUUUGAGACUAUGACCUGCAUUAUUGUCUGCAAGACUUGCUCUUGUACUUUUCAAAAAGGCAAAUGUUGAACUGAAGUGUAGAUAUUUGGCAUUUCAGUUUCAGCUGAUUUCUGGGCUGCUCACUGGGUGCCACAUCGGGGAACCAGCAGUGGGGCCUAGCAGCAGAAAAAACGAGGCCACUUCUGCAUUUAUAUUUCACCAACCCCCCCAAAGAAUUCCUCAGAAAUGGUGCACCGUGUGUAACCAGAAGGGCAUAAGAACUAAAACCAAUUUUACAUCCCUGAGUGCCCCUUUCAGCCCAUUUUUUUCAUUGGGAACGGUUUUAUAGUUUUUCACACUCUUAUACUUCGCUGUAACAUCACAAAGUAGUGUCUAGGAUAUUCAUUGGGCAUAUUGUUUUACUCAGAAGAUGAUGGCGUGAGGAUGCACGUAUCGUGAGGCGGAGCUUAAUGAAGGGAGGGGAAUGGAGCGGAGGCCUAGGGUGCAGGUGUAGCGUGCUGAAGGGAGAGAGACGCCUUGUGGCAAAGAUCUGUUGUUUACAAACGCCAAGCUGUGAAAAUACAAAGGUGCCACGAGAGAAUAAGUAAAAAGGGUUGGAGUGUCAGUGGAGGUCUACGAGUUGAAGAAGAGUUCCGGCUUGUUAACGCUUCUAAGUGGAUCUCUGCACAAACAUACCCACCGUUGUUAUGCAGUAAACUGAAAACAAUAAAUCACGAGACGCAGUGAGCAGUGUGGACACAGAGACUAGUGGCAAAAGUAAAGCGGUCAAAUGAAAUCACAACAUAAAGGCGCCAUGGAGAUAUGAAGAAAUAUGAGCUGAAUUGCGGGUGAAGGUGAAGAAAUCGCGGACGUUUCAAUUCUGCUAAAUAGUUAUGAGGCUAUCCUCCAAAAAAUUGUUUCCUGGUGUUUAACCUGAAAAACGGUAAUAUCUUGAUAAAGCUUAUUGGUGUGUUGCUCAAUUUGAAUCAAUUGUGGGAAAGGAAAAGAAAAGAAAAGAAGAAGGGAGAAGAAAGGAGAAAAAAACAACAAAAAAAUACAAACGUUAAUCAGUUACAGUGCUUGUUGGCUUAAUGGCUUAACAGAGUGACUUUUGGAGAAAGUAAGAAAGGGAAAGAAAAGAAAAGGAAGUCGAAAAUUAAAAGGAAAAAGGCUAGAGGGAAGAGAGAAGGAAAGGAAAAAAUAAGAUAAAUGAAAGGGCAGAGUUAUACUAAACCUGAGAGUUUAGUGUUGGGAGUUAUAUCUAAAUCAGCCUAUAUAGGUUUUUUUUUUCUUUGGUUUUUUUUUCGCUUAAAGUUUCCUCUCUCAUAUUUGAAUUGAGUCCCAAAUAGAGUUUGUAAAGAAUCAGAAAAGUAAUAACAAUAUUUAAUAUAACAAUUUAUAAACCAAUGGCAAAGUGUGAAAAAACUGAGGACCUUAAAACUACCUCAAAAAGAGAUAAAAAGGAACAAAAACAAGACAAGUCUCUCCGUAUAUUUUUCUCCAGUUUUAAAAUUGUUUCAAUAUACUAAUAAGACCUUAAAAGAAUGGUGAUCUAUUGAAUCAUGCUGGCUAUUAAAAAUAUUAAAUACCUGGAAUAGGAUUACAGAUCUCUGAACAUGAAUGGGGCAAUGCAUUACGAUUAUUAUAUAAAAAUAUACAUUGUCUCGGUCUGAUCGAAUGUCAAUUUAAGAUUAUGAAUAAAUGGUAUUUUUAGUCCCUGUUAGAUUACCGGAAAUGUACGCAAAUUAUGUCCCAAAUUGUUAGAGAUUUGGAAAUCCUGUAGGCAUGUCCGUACAUAUCUGGUGGUUUCCAAUUGUUAAAUAAUUAUGGAAAUUGGUAUUUGAUCAAUUUGAGGCCCUAUCCAAGAUAAAGAUAUCCAGAACAUGUUAUUGCAUAUUAAUUUGAACGUAUUUUCAAAAGAAAACAGAUGUUUGGCAAUUCAUUGCUUUGUUGCGGCAAAAAUAAUGAUUGCCAGAAAUUGGAAAUCUAGUAUCCCCUUUCAAAAAAAGCACUAUCUAUACCAGUUAAAAAUCCAAUUCCGUAUGGAAAGGGAUCUGCCAAACUUUAGUCCCCAACAAUCUAAAAAAACAAAACAAAAUUAUUAUGAUCGAUGAUUAGGAAAUAUAUAGUAUUAUGUUAAUUGAGAGGUUAUACUUCUUGCAAAAGAAUAGAAAUUUUACAUAUAUUUAAUAGAACCUUUUUGAGAAACUCUUGGUCUGCAAUGUAUUUUGAAAGAUUUGUCUUUUGUCCUUUUAGGCUAUUCGUAAAUAGUGAAUAAGAAUGUCUUUGUUAAAGAAAUUAUAAAGAUUUUCCAUAUUGUAAAAUUAAUACGAGUUUAAUGCCUAAAUUGUUUUGUCUGUAUAUGCAAUUUUUUUUUAAAAACCCCCAAAACAAAUAAAUAUUGAAAAAAAAAUAAAAAAUAAAACCUAAAUCCAAAAAAGUUCAGAUACAGAAACUUGGUAGCAUGGCAGGAUGAUGAACACAUACUAUUAAAUAAAAUAGUACAAUGUAGGUUUUCAAUGGAGGUAGGUCAAGUCUUCAGUUGGAUGUCGAUAAGGGGAUGUUUUGGAAAGGACUGAGUCAUACUGAGCUAGAUUUAAUGGAGGUGUCUCAGAACAUUAAGUACAUUUUUUUGAAGAACAUUGUUGUUUAAAGUCAAAAUAAAAAUAUAUAAGUAACUCUAAUUUUUGUGAUCUUUUCCCCCCCCCCAGUUUGAAUUCCAAAAAGUUGUUCAAGACUAUCUCCUAAAAGAACGGUUCGAACUGGUGGAUGACAACUUGAGUUUUUUAUAUGCAUUCAAAGUAGAUGUUUUUAUAGAUAUUUUUCACCUACUGGGCCUCAGCAAGAAAACAUGCCAAGUGAAUGGGAACAUUCUCAACUUGUACUGUAGAGCACCUGCAAAAAAAGAGAAAGUUAAAAUGUUCCUUUCCAAAAUGUCCAACCCUCUGAUCCGAAUGGGAAGCAGCGCUGAUCGCAGACUCAGUGUAUUUUCUCUAGGUAAGUCUUAUAUAAGGCAAUAAUCAAAGCCUCUAACAAAGGCAAGCAUUUUUAUCAAUAGACAAUGACUGCAAUAAGCAACCUGUAGCGGGAACAGACCCAAAAUAAAGAAAUAUGGCCUUGAUUUAAUAAGAUUUCCAAAUGAAUGAUAAGAACAUUUCAAAAUGGUUUAUCUACAAAAGUUCCGUAGAUACUAAUGAUGACUUUUAUAGACAAAUUAAGGCUUUCGAACAGUAUGGACUCAUUUGGAAGCUUAUAAAAUAAAGACCUAUGUUCUGGAGAUGCUUCUCUAUGUCCCAGGUUCCAAAGAACCCCCUUUAAAAGACACUCAGUGCAUCAAUGUCCAUUAGCAUUGAGAAAGGGCUGCUGCCCGAAACAUUUGCUGUUUGAAUUUUGUCCUCAAAUAAACUGUGGUAGCACCUGGGUGUGCAUACUUAUACUGGAUGUGCAGGGCUCUUGUUUGUUUAUUGUGUGUUGUAAAAACACUGUUGGGACUACAGUGUGGAGUUUCUGCAGCACAGGUCUAAUUUCUUUUUUUGUCAUACUUUGAAUUUUGUAGGCAUAUUUUUUGCCUCUAUCUCACCCUAUAUAUAGUGAUCUCUAUCAGGUGCGUUCAAUGUCUCCAUGCAGAGCAUGGAGAUUUUGAACGUGAGUCCUGCAUAGACUGAAGGACCUUACCAGGAAGUACCUCUAGUGGCUGUCUGAGUGACUGCCACUAGAGGUGUUACUGUCACGUAUUCAUCCGCUUCUAAAAAUGUGGUUAAUGACGUUUACCGUCCACACAGGAAAAGUUGUGCCGAGCAGCAACCUAAUCCACAGAAGGGUUAAUGCUAAGCAGUAAUUAUGCAAAUGAAACCUGGUAACUGACUUUGGGGUCAAAGGCCGGUUACAGCCUAUCAGACCUAGAGGAGGGGUAUUUAGACCCAGUUCUCAUCCUGCUCAGUGCCCUGUCAUGGUUUCCCUUGUGGUUGUCCGAGAGCGCGUUCCUGUUUAUAGUUUUCUACCUGGUUUUUGACUUUGGCUUUGUUUAUUGACUUCUCUAUGUUCUGGUAUCCUGACUCCUGGCUUUCCUCAUCGCUGUGUCCCUUUCUGUGUUCCCUGACCUUGGCUAGUAUUUUUGACUAUUCUAUGUACGUUAAAUCCGGCCAUUCUAAGGACCGGUAAUACGUUACUUAUUUGUCAUCCGUGCUAUACAGUUCUACGUGCUGGAUCAAACAGUAAUCCUGACAGUUACUAGGCAACAAUGUAAAUGCUGCCUUUUCUCUGUAAAGGCAGCAUUUACAUUACUGAGCCAGCAUGGGCAUGCUAUUAACACCAGAACCACUACAUUCAGCUGUAAUGGUUCUAGUGACUUUAGUGUCACUUUAAUGUAGUUAAUUUAUAUUGUAACAUGAUUAGUAACUAUGUUUUUUGUUUCAUAUUUUUAGAUGUCAUCACUGAAGAUCCAUUUAGCUCAAAUGAUGGACAGUUUGAAGAGCCAACAACACCUUUAACUCCAUAAAUUAACAUAUUUGUUUGUAUACAUUUAUUUCAAAAGCUGUUGUUAUAUAUGUUGGGGUACAGUUGGAUAGCCAUAAUUUAACAACAAAAAGCACUUUUUUUACAAUGAACAAAAUUUCAUAGAACAAAAACAGUGUAUAGUUUUACCAUCACUAACGUCAUAAACAAUACAGACAAUUUUAUAUAAUCAGAUAAAGGCAUGUUUUGUUAUUUAAGUUCUGUGCUUCAGCAUUCUAUUUCUAUUUACCUCUGUACUAUUUGUUUUAUGUCUCGUGAUGAACUGUAUAACAGCAUACUGCUGCCCAAAACCAGUUGACUGACUGACCACUUUUGGUCAUUUAACUGAGAGGGCCUACACAUUUGUUUUUGUAACACAAAUUACACUAACAGUCAUUGUUUAGUUUUAAUUUCAGUACUGUAACCAGGGAUGUAUUUACCACAAGGCAAACAAGGCAUUUGCCUAUCGCGGCACAUUCGGGGGAGGGGGGGCGCCAAAAAAAUGCCACCCCAAGCUCCCAGACAAAUGCCUUGUUUGCCUCGUGUUCUGGGGCUGUACACCUUAUUGUGAGUGAGUGAGUGAGUGAGUGUGUGUAGCUGUCAGUGUGUGUCUGCGAGUGAGGGAAAGUGUGUGUGACUUUCAGUGAGAAUGGGUGUGCCUGUGAGUAUAUGUCAGUGUGUGUAUGUCCUUUUAUGUGUAUCUGAGAGUGUGUGCCUGUCAGUGAGUGGGUGUGUCAGUGUGUGUCUGUCAGUGAAAGUGUGUGUUGGUUAAACAGUGUGUGCCAAUGACUGUAUCUCUCAGUGAGUGUAUAUCAGUGCAUGUAUCAAUGAGGGCAUGUGUCUGUCAGUCAAAAAAGUGGCCUUGACAUGAAUUGGGCGGGCAAAUUUAGAUUUUGGGAGUGCCCUCAUUUAGUUGUGCCUAGGGCAGCACAAAUCCAAAAUACACCACUGUCUGUAACACAGAGCCAAAUACUUACUAUAUCCACAAUGUGGCUAGUUAGCUGUACAUCAGUUCAAUGUGAUAAAGUAGUGCAUCUUUCUGAACCAGAAUAUUUCAUAUUUUUAAAUAUCAUCAGUGAAGAUCCAUUAGCUCAAAUGAUGGGCAGCUCAAAGAGCCUUUAACUCCAUAAAUUAAAACAUGUAUUUGCAUACUUUUAUUUCAAUAGCUGUGCAACAUAAGCACUUUUUUUACUUGGACAGCAAUUCAUACAAGAGAACAAUAUAUAGUUUUAAUAUCACUAAAGUUGUAACAGUCAUUAGUGGAUAAAAUGUUUUGUUGUUCGCUAAUAUUGUCAGAUCAAAAAAAAGGUUUGUUUUUAAUAUUUCAUGAGGAGUACAAACAACACGCUCACUUGGAAUGAUCUGUUACAAGCUGCUUCGUAAUACUGAAGCAUAUAUAAAUUAUAUGUAUUUAUUAUUCCAGCAGGCAGAUCAUGUUUUUAAACUCAGUGCUUGGCUGUGGAGGAAGUCCCCUGUGCAUUAUUUUCCAUAAUGCACAGUUUGGCAGUUGCCGUGCGGUUUAGAAACCCUAAUCUUAGGGAAGCACUGGAACAUGAUUGUCCCUGUCUGUGGAAAAGAGGUUGAGUUUCAGUCUUAGGAAGCAUGCUGCAAUUUGUAGUUGCUAUCAUUUUAUUUAAGCCCCUCUGGAUAUUUAUAUGCCGGCAAAGGAGUUGAGCAAACACAAACAACAUAAAUCUGUCUCCCCAGCUGCUUUGAGAGGAGCCGAAUUAAUGGAGGCAACUGCUGGCUGUCAGGGUAACUCCCACCAGCCAGACAGAUGCUGCCCAAGAUUAAAGGAACCAUUUAAUAAUAUAAUCAAAUAAAAUAAGAUACAUAACAGUGAAACGUGGUAAAAGAAAACAAACGCCUUUACAUAUAGAGACAUUCAUAAACAACUCAACCUAUAGUGUUAUGGUUUAUUAUGUCUCAGUGUACACACACAGGAUGCUUCAGAAGAAAUUUAUAUUUAUCACCACAAUUUCCAUUAAACUCUAAUUUACAGCUGUUUUUAUAGGUACCAGUGCAGUUUAUCAUGAGUAAGAAGCAUUGUAGAAUCCUCAUUUUUGUACCUUUUUGUUUUUUAACAUGUGUACCUGUACUGGGGUAAUUAGACUCUUCAUGGGGAGAGAUGUAUGAACACAUUGGGGAAUUUAUCUAUUGCUAUGUACAUGUUUCGCUAAAUUGUAUAGUAAGUUGAAGAUAGCUCCCACCUGCGCCACUUGUGACAACAUUUGUUUUUCAAAUGAUGUCAUCAGAAGGAGACUAAGUCUUUAUAGCUUUCAAAUAUAUAAUGUUAAUGUUUAAUAUUUGCACUAGGUCAGUUAGUAUAUUUUAUUAAAUGCAAUAAAAAUAUAUAUUUCUUCAUUUUGGGGUGAUAGUUCCUUAUUAAAGACAUUAUGGUAGUGCAUUGGGAGAGGCCUAGUGGAUCACAAAUGUGCCACCCUUGCCAAGUGUUAAAACAUCCUUAGUACAUGGAAACUGUCUAAUUGUUUUAACACCAGUCUUAGUUUCUCUGUUUGGAAUACUUGUUUUCCAAAGUUCCACAAUCUAGAAGUCUUCGAGAACUUUGAGCCAACAGUUGACCAUCAGACUUGUAGAUCCUAGACCAGGGAUAGGGAACCUUCGGCACUGCAGGUGUUGUGAACUACAUCCCCCAUAAUGCUUUUACACCCAUAAUGCUGGCAAAGCAUCAUGGGAGGUGUAGUCCAAUACAUCUGCAGUGCAAAAGGUUGCCUAUGUCUGCCCUAGACCCUUAUGAUACCCCUGCAAUAAUGCUACGAUUAAGACCGUAUCCGAAAUGUUUUGGAUUAACCGACAGCAUGAUAGGGCAAAUUAUUGCUUUCAUACUACCUGUUAUUAUCUUGUUUAUUUCAUUUAUUUACAUUGUGUACAUUUUGUAUGUGACAUAUACAUUAUUAUAAAUACUUUUUUAUGAAAAGUUG